AAUUUUCAUCACAUCCCCUUUCCAAAGAAAUACAGUUUCCGAAAUCAAAGAGAGAUUCGGACCCCCCGCGAUUAAUUCCUCAAAUUUUGCUCCGCCUAUCCCGCAGAAAUUUUACCUGUCCCAAUCAUGUCGAACUAUUUCCAUGCUUAUAAUGCCUUCCUCUUGAAAUCUCCACACUCAACAUCCUUCACACAAUGGAUGUCCCCCUCGCGUUCAUAAAAUCACUCGUGAUUGGGGCAAUCUCGAGCAUUUUGGUAGUGGGAUUACUGAGCGCAGGAGUGGCGGAGUGUCGGCUACUGGAGAGGACAUCUAAUCCGUUGCAGUACUCUGCCAUAAACUGUCGAAAGUACCAUGCGUCGUUGGAGGAAUUCGGAGGAAGAGGCGACGGAACUACGUCGAACACGGAGGUGUUCAAAACCGCAAUUGCUAAUCUCAGCACGUACGGGGCGGACGGCGGAGCUCUGCUGUACGUGCCGGCGGGGAGAUGGGUUACCAGCAGCUUCAAUUUGACCAGCCACUUCACUCUGUUUCUUGACAAAGACGCUGUUAUUCUUGGCUCUACGGUUGAAUCAGAAUGGCCACUUACGGCUAUACUACCUUCUUAUGGGCGAGGCAGGGAUGCUGCUGCUGGAAGGUAUGCCAGUCUCAUUACCGGAUCAAAUCUCACUGACGUUGUCAUCACAGGCAACAAUGGAACCAUAGAUGGGCAGGGCGCUUGGUGGUGGGACAAGUUUCACCAAAAGGAGCUGCAGUACACCAGGCCAUACCUGAUUGAACUCCUCUACUCAGAUCAAAUUCAGAUAUCAAACCUCACUUUGGUGAACUCCUCGUCAUGGCAUGUCCAUCCCAUCUACUGCAGCAAUGUAAUAAUCCAGGGGCUCACAAUUUUAGCACCAACCAAUUCUCCCAACACAGAUGGGAUAGACCCAGAUUCGUGCACGAACAUUAAAAUCGAAGACUGCUAUGUAGUCUCUGGGGACGAUUGUAUUGCGGCAAAAAGCGGUUGGGAUGAAUAUGGCAUUAAGUUUGGAAUGCCCACGCAGCACCUAAUUAUCAGAAGGCUAACCUGCAAUUCCCCUGACAGCGCUGUCAUCGCUCUCGGCAGCGAGAUGUCUGGAGGAAUCAGCGAUGUUAGAGCUGAGGACAUUACGGCGAUCAAUUCCGAAUCGUUACUGAGGAUCAAAACAGCUAUAGGGAGAGGAGGUUUUAUCAAACACAUCUAUCUGAAAGGAAUGACUUUGCACACAAUAUAUCGGUAUGUUGUGUGGAUGGCAGGCACAUAUGGGCAACAUGCGGAUGAAAAUUUUGAUCCAAAUGCACUGCCGGUGGUAGAGGAUAUAAACAUUAGGGACAUUGUAGCUGACAAUGUGACCAGGGCAGGGAGCCUUAUAGGAAUUCAGAAUGACCCUUUUACUGGAAUUUGCAUUUCUAAUGUAAAUAUCCAAUUGAAUGAGAAACCCAUGAAAGGGCAGUGGAAUUGUUCUGAUAUUGAGGGAGUUUCGGAUGACGUGACUCCUCAGCCGUGCAAGUUGUUGCCAAACAAGGAUAUGCCCGAAGGUUGUCCUUACCCCACAGACAAGCUUCCGAUUGACAAUGUUCAGUUGAAGACUUGUUCCAUGUAAGGCAGUCAACAUGGAAGAUAGAACCAUGGUUUUAUAGAAGUUACUCCUUAAAAUAAAUAUUACUUCUCUGUUGUUGUAGCUUUAAUGUUUUAGUUAGCAGUUGUGAGGGCAGUAGGAAAAGAAAUGAAGUUUUGGAAUAUUACUAUCUGCUUUUUCAGUCAACUGAAAUCGAGUUAUAUAGCUUUUCUCCAUUGAUGAAAA